UCUUUUAAAGUUUUGUAUUUUUUCUUUUGAGAUUAGGAUAGUUCGGUGCGGACAAAGUUCUGGCUUCAAUAAAUUUUAAAGACGCCUUUUAUAUAGUAAGGCGAGGUAACAACUGUGGUUAUUUUUUAUUUUGGUUAGAUUUGGUAACGGGUCUGAUGCCUUUAAUGUCUUAAAUACUAUAUUUAUGCUCAAAUUUGAUUAGAUAUUGUUUAUUAGGAUAUAAUCAAUUAAUGUCCAAGGCAUUAUGAUAAACUUUUACGAGCGAGUCAGCACUAAUGAGACACAUGGUGUCGGAAUCACGGCACUAUCGUACCCGUCUUGUCACAGUAUAAAACGAGUAUUACUAGUACGAUCGUAACGCUUCCCCUUUAAUUUCAACAACUACGCAGAUCAAAACAGACAUUCGUCUAGGUAGCAUUUUUUUCGGUUCUUUCUUGUAAAGGUAUGCAGUGCACUGCUGACCAAUCCUUUGCAGCCAUUUUACACUUGCGUAAUACCUCGCUGGUUGUUUAUUGAAAGGAUAUAUAUGCUUUCAUAAGCACCAACGGAGAAGGCUCAAUGUCAAGAAAUGGCAGAGCUAUUGACAUCUAACGACUGUCCUAUCCUAUCGUAGGAGUAAAUUAUGAAUAUAUUAAAGUAAUAAGUUAAUACAAACAAAUUAAUAUAAUUCUAUCACUCUGAUAAAUGUGUGGUUUUUUUUCAAAUGCAGAAACUGAGAUAGAGGAAGGAAGGCCGUCUUCUACAACCACGAACAUAGAACAGAAAUCGGGAUUGCUGAACAAAACAACAGAAUGUUUGUCAACCGUGGUGGAUCUUUUUGAAGCGCCGUUGAACAUAAGACAUCAUGAAAGAUUAGCAGGAACUGAGAUAGAAGAAGGAAGGCCGUCUUCUACAACCACGAGAAAGCCGCCUCGACUUAGCAGCGGGACAGACUUCCAAGAUGCAUGGGGACAUGAAAAUGUAAGUUUACGUAAAGGAAGUCAAAUUGACAGUACCUGUAUUAAUUUUGUAAAAACCUUGGAUAUAUUAGGAUAGUGUAAGAGUAAUUUGCUGAUUAUAUAGCGAGUCGUUGUUAAAAAGUUUGCUUUAUAUUACUACCUUUGUUAUUCUGGAAAUAUUUGAAUACAAUAUAUUUUAUUGUAGACGACGCUUAUAAGCGCUCCAGCCUUAGGGUUGUGUAUACAUGCUGUAAACUGUAUUAUAUUAGUUUGUAGAAUUGAAUAUGAUCGAAAUCGACACAUUAAGCUAAUGUACCCCUACUAAAUGGUAGCUCUUCUACAGAUAGUUAUCGGUUUAAAUGAGAGCUCAUGCCACAUAAGUUGUAGACAAAUAGACCAAAACAAGUCUGGAUAAAAGGUUAAUCAUUUCAAUAAAAAUAUCGGUUGUAAGAGCAUGCAUGUAUUUCAAAAAAUGAUAAAAAUAUCGAAAAAUAAUAUUGAAAAUGUUCUGUGUGGCACGACAUUCUUUCAUUUAAAAAAAACAUGCUCGACAUUCUUUCAUCUUUAAAAAACAAGCAUUUCCUUUUAAA